GGGAAUUCCCUUAAGGAAUGUUAAUGCUCCACACCCCACACACACACAUUCUGGUCAGGGGGGAUUGUGGGGUCCAACAGGGUUUAAAAGCAGGGACAGGACCAACACUUGACUGCGUUUCAGAGGACUUACAGGUUCAGAUCUUACAUGAAGAAUCAGGAUUAAGGUUUUAAACAGUGUCUGACAAUCAAAAUGACAAGCAGAGUGUUUCUGGCUCUACUGCUCCCCCUGCUGGCUGGUUCUGCACCAGUUUCUCAGGAGUUGUUUCCAGCAGACUGCUCUGAUAUCUACGCUAACGGCCAAACUCUGAGCGGGGUUUAUACCAUCUACCCUACAGGAGACACACCUGUACAGGUGUACUGUGACAUGGGUUGUGAGGGAGGACCACCAGAGGACGCCAAGUGGACGGUGAUUCAGAGGAGGAUGGACGGCAGUGUGAACUUCUACAGGCCGUGGGAUCAGUACAAGAAAGGCUUUGGGAAUAAGAAUGGAGAAUACUGGCUGGGACUGGAGAAUCUCUAUCAGCUCACUAACAAGAGAAAGUACGAGCUGAAGGUGGACCUGCAGGACUUCGAGGGGGUUAAAGUUUACGCUCGUUACUCGUAUUUCUCUGUGGAAUCAGGAGCUGACGGCUACAAACUCCACGUUAGUGGUUUCACCAAUGGAGGAGCAGGUGAUUCUCUGGAGUUAAGCAAUGGGCAGAAGUUCUCCACCUUCGAUAAGGACCAGGAUGCUAAUGCAGAUAGCAACUGUGCUAAGACCUACCUCGGCGGGUUCUGGUACGGCGCAUGCCACCACGCCAACCCCAACGGUGUUUACCUGUGGGGAGAGGAAGGCCAUGCUUUUGCUAUUGGAAACGUCUGGUAUCACUGGAAGGGCUACAACUACAGUCUGAAGUUCAUCAGUAUGAAGAUCAGACCUCUACCCUAAACCAGAGUCUUUAUCGACAUUAUAGACACAUAUAUUUUAAAGCAGCAACAAAAUGUGAUAAACCUUGAGAAUUGUUUGUAGAGUUUGUAGAGACUCAAUAAUGCACAGAAAAUAUCAUUUACUUUAGUUUAGUUUAGUUUAGACUUGUUCUGGCCACUGCGAUUGCGCAGAUCUCCACUUUUUUGGAGAACUUUUCCAUCUUGCAUGUUGACCCUCCACUACUUGUAAGGUUAGCAGCAAGCCGAUUGGCUCUUUCUGUUGAAGGGCGGGGCUUUAUUAGUAAACAGACGGCAUGGUUAGUGUUACGAUAACUCUCGUUCAUAUUUAAACCAUUGGUUAAUCACCUUAUUAAUUGGAUUAAUUGGAUGGGUUUCUCUUGUUUGAAAUAGAAGAGGUAGUAUCUGCCUUAAAGAGAGUAUGUUUUAUAUUUCUGUUUACAUGUUUUAUUUUUUUAUACAAUAUGUAUACAAUAUAAAUAUGUACAUAUCAUUCAGUUCUUUGGUUGUAGUGUUCUUUGGAAAUGUUGUUUAUGUAUAAAAAUAAAGAGUUGUGUCAUUAUUCCUCUAAA